GUCUCCUCGGCCCUCCCAGUCCCUCCUCUCUCUGGGUAGCUUUGCGGAGAGGAGGAGGAGGAGGAGGAGAGUGAGCUGUGGGAGGGUCCCCAUUGAAAUAAACAAGCAGCCAGUGAUUAAAACGGGAACAUGGCGGCCGCGGAGGACUCAGCAGCUCCAGCUUCCUCUUACAAAGCGAAGGUCAGCGCUGGCAGCAGCCUGGGCGACGGCAACCGGAGACAUUGCUGACCUCGCAUGCUUGAGAUGUAUCUGAAUAUUGAACCUUUCAGACACACAACCUGUGCUAUUGAUUUGACUGCCUCAUUGAGUCUUGUUGCUGAUAUGUGUUUAAGAUGAGUGGGAUUGGUGAAAAUUCCUCUGACCCAGCCCGGGCAGAGUCAAGAAAACGCAAGGAAUGUCCUGAUCAACUUGGACCCAGUCCUAAAAGAAGCACUGAAAAACGUAAUCGCGAACAAGAGAAUAAAUACAUAGAAGAGCUUGCAGAGCUGAUCUUUGCUAAUUUUAAUGAUAUUGACAAUUUUAACUUCAAACCUGACAAAUGUGCAAUCUUGAAAGAAACUGUGAAGCAGAUUCGUCAAAUAAAAGAACAAGAAAAAGCAGCGGCAGCCAAUGAAGAUGAAGUGCAGAAAGCUGAUGUAUCAUCAACAGGUCAGAGCGUCAUUGACAAGGAUGCACUUGGACCAAUGAUGCUUGAGGCCCUCGAUGGGUUCUUCUUCGUAGUGAACCUGGAAGGUAAUGUGGUGUUUGUAUCGGAGAAUGUGACACAGUACCUAAGGUACAACCAAGAAGAGCUGAUGAACACAAGUGUGUACAGCAUCCUGCAUGUAGGGGACCACAAUGAAUUUGUCAGAAACCUGCUGCCAAAAUCUUUAGUGAAUGGGGGACCUUGGUCUGGUGAAGCUCCUAGACGCAACAGCCAUACCUUUAACUGCCGGAUGUUGGUAAAACCUUUAACUGAUUCUGAAGAAGAAGGCCAUGAUAACCAGGAAGCACAUCAGAAAUAUGAAACUAUGCAGUGCUUUGCUGUUUCUCAACCAAAGUCCAUCAAAGAAGAAGGUGAAGAUCUUCAGUCUUGCUUGAUUUGUGUGGCAAGAAGAGUUCCAAUGAAGGAAAGGCCACUUCUGCCCUCAUCAGAGACAUUUAGCACUCGUCAAGAUCUGCAAGGCAAGAUAACUUCACUUGACACUAGUACCAUGCGAGCAGCUAUGAAACCUGGCUGGGAAGAUGUGGUGAGAAGGUGCAUCCAGAGAUUCUAUGCACAGCAUGAGGGAGAUAUGUCUUUUGCCAAGAGGCAUCAUCAGGAGGUGCUGAGGCAGGGACUAGCUUUCAGUCCUGUUUAUCGAUUUUCCUUGUCUGACGGCAACAUAGUUGCUGCCCAAACGAAGAGCAAGCUCAUCCGUUCUCAGACUACUGGUGAACCUCAGCUUGUAAUAUCCUUGCAUAUGCUUCACAGGGAACAGAAUGUUUGUGGAAUGAACCAGGAUUUAACUGGACAAGCAAUGGGAAAGCCAUUGAACCCAAUUAGCUCCAGCAGUCCUGCCCAUCAGGCCAUGUGCAGUGGGAAUCCAGGUCAGGAUAUGACCAUCAGUAGCAAUAUGAAUUUUGCCAUAAAUGGCCCGAAGGAACAAAUGGGCAUGCCAGCAAGCAGGUUUGGUGGUUCAGGCGGGAUGAACCAUGUGUCAAGUAUACAAGCAUCCACUCCUCAGGGUAGUAACUAUGCACUAAAAAUGAAUAGUCCCUCUCAAAACAGCCCUGGCAUGACACCAGGUCAGCCAAACUCUAUGCUAUCCCCACGGCACCGUAUGAGUCCGGGAGUGGCAGGCAGUCCUCGGAUCCCACCCAGUCAGUUUUCCCCUGCAGGAAGCUUGCAUUCACCUGUUGGGGUUUGCAGCAGCACAGGAAAUAGCCAUAGUUAUACCAACAGUUCCCUCAAUGCACUUCAGGCUCUCAGCGAGGGGCAUGGAGUCUCUCUGGGGUCAUCCUUGGCUUCACCUGACGUAAAAAUGGGUAAUUUGCAAAAUUCCCCUGUAAGUAUGAAUCCUCCUCAGCUAAACAAAAUGGGAAGCCUGGACUCUAAAGAUGGCUUUGGACUUCAUGGGGAGCAAUCGGAAGGUACAGCUGGACAAGCCGAGAAUGUCUGCCAUUCAGGAGAACUGAAAGAAAGUAAUGAUGGCAUGGCCCAGGUUGUUGGCGAGAGGCCUGAUGGACAGAACAGACUUCAUGAUGGCAAAAGCCAGACAAAGCUCUUACAGCUGCUGACCACCAAAUCUGAUCAGAUGGAGCCUUCACCUUUGUCUAAUGCUAUGGGAGAUGCUAACAAGGACUCCGCAGGAGGUUUAUCUGGUUCUGGUUCAACACAUGGAACCUCGCUCAAGGAGAAGCAUAAAAUUUUGCACAGGCUCUUGCAGGACAGUAGUUCUCCUGUAGACUUAGCCAAGCUCACAGCAGAGGCCACAGGGAAAGAACCGAGCCAGGAGACCAGUAGCACAGCUCCUGGUUCAGAGGUGACUACAAAACAGGAACCGGUGAGUCCCAAGAAGAAAGAAAAUGCACUACUUCGCUACUUGCUAGAUAAAGAUGAUACUAAAGAUAUUGGUUUACCGGACAUUACCCCCAAGCUGGAACGGUCGGACAGUAAGACAGACUCUUCCAGUAGCACAAAGCCAGUAACUAUAAAGACAGAAAAAGAAGAGAUGCGCUUUGAGCCGAAUGAACAGCCUGCAAGUGAGCUAGAUAAUUUGGAGGAGAUUCUAGAUGAUCUGCAGAAUAGCCAGCUGUCACAGCUUUUCCCAGAUACCCGACCAGGUACUUCAGCAGGAUCAGUUGACAAACAAGCCAUCAUCAAUGACCUCAUGCAGAUCACAGGUGAAAACAGCCCCGGCACACCUGUUGGAGCCCAGAAACCCCAAAUGCGGAUCUCUCAAAGCACUUUUACCAAUGCAAGGCAAGCUCAGUUGGGAAGGAUGUUACCAAACCAGAAUUUACAACUUGACAUCGCAUUGCAAAACCCACCAGGUGCUGGAGCUUUCCCACCCAUAAGAAACAACAGUCCAUAUUCAGUCAUACCUCAGCCCGGAAUGAUGGGCAGUCAAGGAAUGAUGGGAAAUCAAGGAAAUCUUGGGAAUAGUAGCCCAGUAGGGAUGAUGGGUAGUAAUGCUCCUCGGCCUACCAUGCCAUCAGGAGAUUGGGGAACCCAAGGUGCUGCUGUGAGGGUGACCUGUGCUCCAACAACGAGUGCCAUGAACAGGCCAAUCCAAGGAGGCAUGAUACGUAACCCAACAUCCAGCCUACCUAUGAGACCUAAUAGCCAACCUGGUCCAAGGCAGAUGCUUCAAUCUCAAGUCAUGAAUAUGGGGGCUUCUGAACUAGAGAUGAAUAUGGGAGGACCCCAGUAUACCCAGCAGCAGGCUCCCCCAAAUCAGACUGCACCAUGGCCAGACAGCAUCUUGCCCAUAGAUCAGACAUCUUUUGGCAAUCAGAACCGACAACCAUUUGGGAGCUCUCCAGAUGACUUGCUGUGUCAACACCCUGCAUCAGAGUCUCCAAACGAUGAAGGGACCCUCCUUGACCAGCUCUACUUGGCACUAAGAAAUUUUGACGGUCUGGAAGAAAUUGACAGAGCUCUUGGGAUCCCAGAACUAGUCAGCCAGCAGAGCCAAGCUGUAGAACCAGAGCCAUUCUCAAAUCAGGAAUCAAACAUCAUCCUUGAACAAAAGGCACCCAUUUUCACACAGCAGUAUGCAUCUCAGGCUCAAAUGGCUCAAGGCAACUACACACCAAUGCAGGACCCAAACUUUCACCCAAUGGCGCAGCGACCAGGCUAUGCAUCACUGCGAAUGCAGCCUAGGGCUGCCCUGAGGCCUGCUGGCAUAGUGCAAAACCAGCCAAAUCAGCUAAGGCUACAGCUGCAGCAUAGACUUCAAGCACAGCAGAAUCGCCAGCCACUCAUGAAUCAGAUCAGCAAUGUUUCCAAUAUGAAUCUGUCUCUGAGACCUGGAGUACCUACACAGGUGAGGGAACAGGGACCCAUCAAUUCCCAGAUGCUAGCCCAGAGGCAGAGGGAGAUACUGAGCCAGCACCUGAGGCAUAGGCAGAUGCAGCAGCAAGUGCAGCAACGAACGCUGAUGAUGCGAGGACAGAGUAUGAAUAUGACGCCAAGUAUGGUGGCCUCCGGUGGCAUACCAGCAACAAUGAGCAACCCACGGAUUCCCCAGGCAAAUGCCCAGCAAUUUCCAUUUCCUCCAAACUAUGGAAUAAAUCAGCAGGCCGAUCCAGGCUUCACUGGAGCUACCACUCCCCAAAGUCCGCUGAUGUCCCCAAGAAUGGCUCAUACCCAGAGUCCCAUGAUGCAGCAGUCUCAGGCCAAUCCUGCCUACCAAUCCUCUACAGAGAUGAAUGGAUGGGCACAAGGGAAUAUGGGUGGAAACAGCAUGUUUUCACAACAAUCUCCACCACACUUCGGGCAGCAAGCAAACACCAGCAUGUACAAUAACAACAUGAACAUCAAUGUAUCCAUGGUGACCAACACAAGCGGUAUGAACAACAUGAACCAGAUGACAGGACAGAUCAGCAUGACCUCAGCAACCUCUGUGCCUACAUCAGGGUUGUCCUCCAUGGGUCCUGAGCAGGUUAAUGAUCCUGCUAUGAGAGGAGGCAAUCUUUUUCCAAACCAGCUACCUGGAAUGGAUAUGAUAAAGCAGGAGGGAGAUGCAUCACGGAAAUAUUGCUGACCCUGAAGAUUGCUCAUUUCUUCAACUGACUGGGUUCCCCAGCCCAGACUUCUUGCCGGUUUGAAGAGCUGCAUAUGUUUGGUUUUGCCCCAACUGUUCUGCCAGUCGGUUCUGCUGGAGAAAGUAGAGUUUAGUGCUGCAAACGGAACAACGCCACUCUGAGUGGAAUCAAAACCAUUGUUGGUGGAGGAGCAGCCUCUUCUUUGACAGUCUGAAGCUAGCGUACAGACAGUUGCUCAGUCUGUUCACUGCAUUCACCUUAGUGCAACUUAGAUCUCUCCUGCAAAGUAAAUGUUGAUAGCCAGUUUUCAUAAACCGUGUCAGAUUGAAUGUAUUUAAAUGUAUGUAUUUAAGGAAAACCAACCAUGCUCUCAUUCUGUUCCGUUUUUAGUUUUAGAUCUUUAUCUCUUUCUGUUUUCCUUCGCUACACAGUCUGGUGCAAAGGAUUCAGUUCCAUCUGGAAAUAAGUGGGUUACUAUUAAAACCUCCACAUUAGGAGGUGGGGGCGUUAGCUGGAUUACGACUCCCAUAGUGCUAAAUGACAAAAUGUGGAGAACAGACAUCUAACUAACUGUUUUGGGGAAAAGGUAUCUAGUUGACUAGACAUCCCAUGCUAGAAAACAAAACCAGUCCGUUUUGAAUAGGUUUGCAUUUGUAAACAGGUUAAAAUAUCCUGUGAGAGGGCUGUUUUUAAAGUUUUUUUGUUACUUUGAAUGAAAUCAUGAGUCAAACCAAUUUAAGUUCCCAUUCAAUUGAUUUCAGCAUCCUAAAAAAUUAACUAAAGUUAGCAUCCCUUUUCUCCUGCCUUCAGUUGCCCUUUCUCUGUUUCUUUUCUUACAGGAUGGAGAAAUGAAUAACCCUCAUUGUAUCCCUAGGUUUGUUACCUGAGUUCUAGGUUGCAGGUAACUAGUUGCUGAAUAAUCAUUUUAAAUAAGGGUGCAUCUUUUGGUGAUGGAAGUGGCAGGAUUGAGGCAUUAAAAAAUCAGAACUUAAAGGCAUCUGAUGUAAAUGAUAAAACUUAAUUUCCCCCCCCCCAUCUCCACAACCGGGGAAAAUAAUGACUUAAGCUAUGGCAGAUAUCACUACAGAGUUAACCAUCAUGUGUUCUAAUUAUUUUGAAGCAGCGGGGACAGGACAUUUUGUAAGGUACAUAAAAACCAGUUUCUAUGUAAACAAGCAAUAAUUUAAGUUGAAGACUUUAGUGUUUUAAUUGUAUAAUUUUGUGAGGUAUACAUGUUGUGGAGUUGAUUUCCAAAUGAGGUACUUCAGUAUUAAAUUAGAUAUCUUCAUAGCUAUGUGUGUCUCCUGGGGGAAAAAAGUGUUUUGUAAAGGAUCACAAUGCCUUGAUUAGACCUAAUUUGUAGGCUUGAAACUUCAUUUUCUAAACCUUGCGAUUCUGCUCAUAAAGUCAUUUAUCUAACCUUAUAUUAUAUGCAGCCACUGUAGGAGCCAAUUCUUGACUUUUUUGUAUGUUUAUAUUCUUUCUUAAUGAAUCUUAGAAAAACUGUUGUUCAGCAGGCCACUGCUUAAGGUGGUUUUACUCUUGCCUGCUAUGGUUCCAGUAAUGUUUUAGUAUAAGCUGGCAUCAGUUUCUGUGGACUUAAAAUACCAGGAAGCUGGUUGUUUUCGACCUCCUGUUUCUCUCUUCCCCACAACCCACACACUUUCAUACCUGGACUCAAAAUUUUGGAUGUUACUUAAAAUGCAAUGCAUUUUAUAUAUUAUCUCAGUCAUCAAUUCAUGUAUUUGGGAGAAGGUUUGUUAACCUUGAAAUCUUGUUUGCUUGUGAUGAGGGUUAAAAUAUACAAAGAAUCUGACUUUCAUAGAGUGCUAAGAAAAAAAUAAGUUAAGGAAUAUAUAGAAUUCAUUUCAAACCAUUUGUUUCCUGUUGAGUGGCUCUCCUGUUACACUGGAGAAACUGCACUUCUGAGCAGUCACCCACCACUUUGUCGGUUAAACUCAGACAACUGAGCCAUCUGGUGGAAAUCUAUGAUAUGUCAGCCCUGAGCUCCAUAACAUUAAGAAAAGUUUUUUAAUAUUAAUAAUAAAAUUAUGUCUGGAUUAAAAUGUGAUCGUUUUUAACCUCUUAAAUUUUGGAUUAAAUAUUAUACCUUUGAAAUAUUAUCUCUCAAAACAUGUUUCAGUUUAAAAAGUAGGCAAAUAAGUAAUUUUUAACUUGGGCCAGUUCAGAAUAUUUCUUUGUUUGCCCAUAUUUAGUUGAAUUUUAAAAUAAGUGGUUAUAUCCAUCAGAAAUUUUAUUGGGGUCAGUGAAUUGAAAACAAUGAGUAGGCAUUUUCUGGUAUGUUAAUCAUGCUAGAGACAAAGGUAAUGAUGCCAAAUCAAUUUCUUUUUUAUAAUCAGUGUUUCUAAUUCCAUACACAGUAAAAUUGAUAGAGAUAGCAAUUGGAUUUUAUGCUGGAACAUAAUCAGUGUUCUCUUAUAAUAAGUGUGAAGGACCUAAGAUGUCUUAAUUUUUUUUAAAAAAAAUUACACAUAUAUAACCACAUGGCAUAGGGGGUUGGACUAAAUGUCCCUUGAUGGCCCCUCCAACAAUUAUACAAUUAUAUGAAAGCUCCAUUCAACCAAAUUCAGGUAAAGUGAUAUCAAUGAAGUUGAUAUUUUUCAACAUCUAACAGUUAAUCAAAGAUUUUUUUAAAAAAAAAUGGGGACCCCACCAGUCCACUAGUCUACAUUAACUGAAAGCAAUGUUUUUGCCAUUUAUAUAAAGCAUUUUUAAUCUAUGUGGGUUUUCUUUCUUUCUUUUUUUUACAAAAAGGAGUUCAUAUGGGCUUAACACAUGAAAAAGGUGGUUCAGCUCUACUUGCAAAACCCAAAGAUACACAAUCAGUUUUGAAAUGCAACUUAAGCCAUUAAUUGUUGGUGUGAAUUUAAAGUUUUCUAGUAUUUGUAUGGUAGUAUUGCUACCUAAGAGCAAAAGCAUUCUCUGCACAAAAGAAAAUUACUGUAGUGGCUUUGGUUUUUAAUUAGAAUUUUCUCCCUGGUGUUUCUUUGUAGACUAAAACAAAAUCUUUUUAGUUUCUUUCUACAGGUAAAGCUAUGUGCAAGAACCUCAAAAUGCUAAAAUCUAGCAUAAUGCCUUAGAUCUGUUUUUAAGUCUUGUAUAUUCCUACAUAGCUGUCUGAUGUAUUAUAUUUGUAUAGUGAAUUGUGUACAAUUUUGAAAUAAGCGCAUCAUCACUUAGCUUUCAGUCGUUGAAUAGAGAUGAUGGACACAUUUCUUCAAGCAUUGAUUCUUUUUUCUUUUCCUUUUGUCAUUUGUGGGUUUUAUUUGUACAGUUCCUCAUGAAGUUGCAUCUGAGAUGUGUAUGAGUGUGUGUAUAUGAAAAGAUUAUACGAGGGUAAAACUAAGCAAUAUAUAAACUAUGGUUCUUCAGGAGAAAGCUUACAGUGUUUUCAGGUUGUGAUUUAUUUUCAAGACUGAGUUGACUCUGAACAUCACUUUGUUCACCUGCAUUGAUGUUUGUAUUUCUAGUGUGAGCAGUUUAUGCAAAGGUAGAUAUAUUCAGAGAAAUUUUAAAUACAUUUAUGCAAGUUAAUAUUGCUUUGCUGAUGCUAUUUGCUUAUUUGAUGUUAAAUAAUGCUAUUGUAAAUAAAGAAUUCUGUUAUUGCAUCAUUUAAUAAAUUUUAAUGCCUUCGGGUUUUACAUGGCUUUAGACAUA